UGGCCUGGCAUAGAGGCUGGUACCCCGCCUGGUAGAGAUGCCACACUCGCUCCGCGGUUCGCAUGGCGCUCUGAAGACGCCGGCGCCCGCCGCCUUGAGGAGCCGCUGCCCCCGCUCCCUGAAGAUGGGGGAACAAUGAAAUAAGCGAGAAGAUUCCUCUUCUCCCCCCUCUCUCUCUUGCCCCCCUCCCCCCUCCCCUCCCCUCUCCCCUUGACUCCUCUCCGAGGCACCAUGCUGACCCGCCUGUUCAGCGAGCCCGGUCUCCUCUCGGACGUGCCCAAGUUCGCCAGCUGGGGCGACGGCGACGACGACGAACCGAGGAGCGACAAGGGCGACGCGCCGCCGCCGCCUCCGCCUCCGCCGGGACCGGGGGCUCCAGGGCCCGCCCGGGCCGCCAAGCCAAUCCCUCUCCGAGCAGACGAGGUGACGGAGGCCGCGCUGGCUGAGGUCAAGGAGGAAGGCGAGCUGGGGGGCGAGGAGGAAGAGGAGGAGGAGGAGGAAGAAGGGCUGGACGAGGCCGAGGGCGAGCGGCCCAAGAAGCGCGGGCCCAAGAAGCGCAAGAUGACCAAGGCGCGCCUGGAGCGCUCCAAGCUGCGGCGGCAGAAGGCGAACGCGCGGGAGCGGAACCGCAUGCACGACCUGAACGCGGCGCUGGACAACCUGCGCAAGGUGGUGCCCUGCUACUCCAAGACGCAGAAGCUGUCCAAGAUCGAGACGCUGCGCCUGGCCAAGAACUACAUCUGGGCCCUGUCGGAGAUCCUGCGCUCGGGCAAACGGCCCGACCUGGUGUCCUACGUGCAGACGCUGUGCAAGGGUCUGUCGCAGCCCACCACCAACCUGGUGGCCGGCUGCCUGCAGCUCAACUCGCGCAACUUCCUCACCGAGCAGGGCGCGGACGGCACGGGCCGCUUCCACGGCUCCGGAGGCCCGUUCGCCAUGCACCCCUACCCGUAUCCGUGCUCGCGCCUGGCGGGCGCACAGUGCCAGGCGGCGGGCGGCCUGGGCGGCGGCGCGGCGCACGCCCUGCGGACCCACGGCUACUGUGCCGCCUACGAGACGCUGUAUGCAGCGGCGGGCGGCGGCGGCGCCAGCCCGGACUACAACAGCUCCGAGUACGAGGGCCCGCUUAGCCCCCCGCUCUGUCUCAAUGGCAACUUCUCGCUCAAGCAGGACUCGUCGCCCGACCACGAGAAGAGCUACCAUUACUCUAUGCACUACUCAGCGCUGCCCGGCUCGCGGCCCACGGGCCACGGGCUGGUCUUCGGCUCGUCCGCGGUGCGCGGGGGCGUCCACUCCGAGAAUCUCUUGUCUUACGAUAUGCACCUUCACCACGACCGGGGCCCCAUGUACGAGGAGCUCAACGCGUUUUUCCAUAACUGAGACCUCGCGCCCGCCCCUUUCUUUUUCUUUUGCCUUUGCCCGCACCCCUAUUUCCUGCCCUCCGAGCGCAGGGACACCCCAACCUACCCUGGCGCAGGGCGCGGGGUGCGGGCCGCCGGUCCCGCCGCUCUUCUGGGCAGCGCGGUCCUUUUACCUGUGGGUGGCCCGUCCCAGGGGCCUCUCUUCCCCCAGGGGACUCGCCUUCUCUCUCCCCAAGGGGUUCCUUCCUCCUCUUUCCCAGGGAGUACUUCUCCAGGGACCCCUCUUCGGGCAUUCCCUAGAGACCCCCACCCCAAUUCCUAAUCCCUACACUUAGGUUUCCUCUGCAGGCCCCUCUCCCCUGCAGGCCCAGAGGCGUUGGUAAGGGGGCAGCUGAGCUGUGGGAUAGUUUUCCCAUUAUUAUUAUUAUUAUUAUUAUUAUUAUUAUUAUUAUUAUUAUUAUUAUUUCUUUUAAAUCAAACACCGAGCUGCUGAGGCAGAAAGGAGCCAGGCGUCCCCUCUUCCUGCAGAGGGCAGAAGUCAGGGUGCCCCAGCCUGGACCUGGAACGCCCUCACCCCCAACCUUUAGUCUCAGCGUUUUGUGAUUUUAAUUUUGGCGGGAGGGAAUGUGGAUUGAGAGGAAAGAGAGAAGCCAAGACAAUUUGUAACUAGAAUCCGUUUUCCCCUUUUUUAAGCAAACAAACAUACAAAAAAAAAAAAAAAAAA